CGCAAACCGUGGCACUUGGGUGCUUCUCACAUCGCACCUACUCUCCAGCUAACCGUGUGCUGUGCCGACUGCCUGCCAGCAGAUGCGGGCCCUAGACAUCCUUCUUGGUCCCGUUCCUUCCUGAAAUAGCAUCAUGAGCGCGCCUGCCAACUAUAUCGCGGGCUACCGGUUUGCUGUUCGCACGCGGGGCAGUCACGGUGGCCUCAAGCCGUGUGCCUCGUUCUUCAAUCUUCGAGCAACACCAGUCCUGCAGCAUGAAUUCCAUUCCAAACAUCUCGAGCAGCCGGCUGCAGGCAUCCGAAAUUUGGCCCGUCUACGACCAUUGUACCUGCAGCAGCGUAUCACGAAGGUCCAGAGUCCAGCCGUUGCGCGCUAUGCAUCCCAUGCUGCAGCGGAGCCGCACGAUGAGGAGAUCCCUACCUCACCGCCGUUCAGCGCUGGACCCUACUCGAACCUGACCAUCGGUAUCCCUAAGGAGAGCUAUCCAGGUGAACGACGAGUCGCCAUCACGCCGCAGAAUGUCAAGCUUCUGCUCAAGAAGGGCUUCUCACGAGUCCUAGUUGAGCGUGGUGCUGGUGCCGAAGCGCAGUUCACGGAUGAGGCGUACGAGCAGGCUGGUGCUAAGACCGUUGACCGCAGAAGCGUCUUCUCCGAGGCUGACAUUAUGCUGAAAGUCAGGCCUCUCAGCAUCGAUGGAGAAGAUAGCGAAGUCGAUGCUAUCCGCGAGGGCGCCACAGUCAUCUCUUUCCUCUACCCAGUACAAAACAAGCAUGUUGUGCACCGGAUUGCAUCUCGUAAGGCUACUGCAUUCGCCAUGGAUAUGGUUCCUCGUAUCUCUCGCGCACAGGUGUUCGAUGCCUUGAGUUCCAUGGCCAAUAUUGCUGGAUACAAAGCUGUCCUGGAAGCUUCGAACCACUUUGGUCGUUUCCUUACUGGACAGACAACCGCUGCUGGAAAGAUCCCACCUUGCAAAGUCCUCGUCAUCGGUGCCGGUGUAGCAGGUCUGAGUGCCAUUGCAACUGCACGACGUAUGGGCGCCAUUGUCCGUGGUUUCGACACUCGUUCAGCAGCUCGUGAACAGGUUCAGUCUCUUGGUGCUGAGUUCAUCGAAGUUGAGAUCGAGGAAGAUGGUUCUGGAGCUGGUGGUUAUGCCAAAGUGAUGUCGAAAGAAUUCAUUGAGGCUGAGAUGAAGCUUUUCUACGAACAAUGCCGGGAAGUCGACAUUGUCAUCACCACUGCCUUGAUCCCUGGAAAGCCUGCACCGAAGUUAAUCACGAAGGCCAUGCUUGGAGCUAUGAAACCCGGAUCUGUAGUUGUGGAUCUCGCAGCUGAAGCUGGCGGCAACUGUGAAGCAACAGAACCCGGAAAGCUGGCGAAGUUUGACGGUGUGACUGUUAUUGGUUACACUGAUCUUCCGUCUCGUCUGCCCACUCAGUCUUCUACGCUCUACUCCAACAACGUUACCAAGCUUCUGCUCUCGCUGGUUCCCAAGGAUAAGAAAGAGAAGUACUACGAUGUCGAUCUUACUGAUGAGGUCACGCGUGGUUCCAUUGUCACUUAUGAUGGAAAGAUUCUUCCGCCUGCUCCUCGACCUGCACCCCCGCCAGCGCAAGCAAAACCAGCACCUUCGCCUGCCAAUCAAGAUGCAAGCAUAGUUGCUCUUACUCCGUGGCAAACUCAAUCUCGCCAAGUUGCAACUGUGACUGCUGGUAUGACUACAGCUCUUGCGCUCGGCAAAUACACUUCACCCCUUUUCAUGUCGAACGCUUUUACAUUCGCUUUGGCGAGUUUGAUCGGUUACCGCGUCGUCUGGGGUGUUGCUCCUGCUCUGCAUUCCCCUCUCAUGAGCGUCACCAACGCCAUCUCUGGCAUGGUCGGCAUUGGAGGACUUUUCGUCAUGGGAGGGGGCUAUCUGCCAGGAACCAUUCCCCAGGCCCUUGGCGCACUUUCGGUUCUGCUCGCAUCUGUCAACGUUGCAGGAGGCUUCAUGAUCACCAAGCGCAUGCUGGACAUGUUCAAGCGCCCAACAGACCCCCCUGAAUACCCAUGGCUCUACGCAAUUCCUGCCGUUCUGUUCGGUGGAGGCUACGUUGCAGCAGUCUCGACAGGAAUGGCUGGUCUUGUCCAGGCUGGAUAUCUUGUCAGCAGCGUCCUUUGCGUAGCUUCGCUCUCUGGUCUGGCUUCUCAAGUUACAGCCCGUCGUGGCAAUCUGCUCGGUAUACUCGGUGUCAUAUCUGGUAUCUUAGCCUCUUUGGCUGCGGUCGGAUUCACAACAGACGUACUCACUCAAUUUGCCGGGGUUGCUGCCAUUGGUACCAUCGCUGGACUUAUCAUCGGCAGACGAAUCACUCCCACUUCACUUCCGCAGACCGUAGCUGCACUACAUUCUGUAGUCGGUCUCGCAGCUGUCUUGACUAGUAUCGGGAGCGUCCUCGGCCACACUGGUGACAUUUCGACCCUGCACUUAGUCAGCGCCUACCUAGGUGUUCUCAUCGGUGGCGUGACGUUCACAGGAAGUAUCGUCGCUUUCUUGAAGCUGGCGGCGAAGAUAUCCUCCAAACCUUUGGCCCUUCCUGGACGUCAUCUUAUCAACAGCACACUGCUGGGUGCCAACGCGGCCACACUAGGAGCCUUCCUAGCAUAUGCACCUGGAGCACCUCUCAUUGGCGCUACCUGUUUGGUCGGCAACGCGGUGCUCAGCUUCAUCAAAGGAUAUACCACAACAGCAGCCAUCGGUGGUGCCGACAUGCCCGUCGUCAUUACGGUUCUGAACGCGUACUCCGGAUUCGCACUCGUUGCCGAGGGCUUCAUGCUGGACAACUCUUUACUGACCACAGUUGGUGCCCUCAUCGGUGUAUCGGGUUCCAUUCUUUCGUAUAUCAUGUGCGUGGCCAUGAAUAGGUCUCUCACCAACGUCCUAUUUGGUGGCAUAGCUGCAACGCCUCAGGCGCAGGCAAAGAUUGAGGGUGAGAUCACCAAGACUACUUCUGAGGAAACUACAGAAGCAUUGGUAAAUGCUGAGAAUGUUAUCAUUGUUGUCGGUUACGGAAUGGCCGUCGCAAAAGCCCAAUACGCCAUCUCCGACUUCGUCAAAGCCCUCCGCGCCAAAGGCGUCAACGUCCGCUUCGCCAUCCACCCCGUCGCCGGCCGCAUGCCAGGCCAAUGUAACGUUCUGCUCGCCGAAGCUAGCGUGCCCUACGACAUCGUACUCGAGAUGGACGAGAUUAACGACGACUUCCCUGACACAGACGUAACGCUGGUCAUCGGCGCAAACGACACCGUCAAUCCGAUCGCACUGGAGCCUGGAUCCGCCAUUGCUGGUAUGCCGGUUUUGCACGCGUGGAAGAGUAAGCAUGUUGUUAUUAUGAAGAGGGGUAUGGCGAGUGGGUAUGCGGAUGUGCCGAAUCCGAUGUUCUAUAUGGAGAACACGAGGAUGUUGUUUGGCGAUGCUAAUGAUAGUUGCAACGCCAUCAAACGCGCGCUCGAGGAGAAGAUCAAGGGUCUUUGAGAAGAGUGAAGGGUGAAGGGUGAAGGGUGAAGGGUGAAGGGUGAAGGGUUUGUAGCAUUGGCUUUAUUUUUCCUACCAUCACUAGAAUGCAUAAGCAUUUCG